AUGCCUGAAAGUAACGGAGAGUUCUCUAACCCUCUGGCUCCUGAAGGCCACGAUGUGACGACCACAGAGCUGUGCCUCAGUGAGUAUAAAACUUCCAAACUCACCAACGAUGACUUCAGGAAGCUGCAGACGCCGCGUGCGACGCCUUCCUCAGCACCCUCGUCCAAGUCCCGACACCAUGAAAUGCCAAGGGACUACAAUGAGGAUGAGGAUCCUGCAGCGAGGAGGAGGAAGAACAGAAGCUAUUAUGCUAAGCUGCGUCAGCAGGAGAUGGAGCGUGAGAGAGAGUUGGCGAGAAUCAGAGACAGAGCAGAGAGAGACGCGAUGGAGUUAAACAAAAGACAUUACGAAGAGACGGAGCUUGUUAGCACCACCGCUAACUACAGAGCUGUAGGACCCACCGCUGAGGCUCUGCAGCAGAGGAAACGUCGUCAGCUGAUCCAGGAGUCUAAGUUUUGGGAGGUGACAUGGAGCACCACUCACUUGGUGAAAGGUCUGGAUUUUGCUCUGCUGCAGAAGGUGAAGGCUGAAAUCACCAGUAAAGAGAAAGAAGAAGAGGACAUGAUGGAGAAAGUCCAGAAAGAGGCAAAGAAGGACGUGGAGCCGGAGGAGAAGAUCGAGUUUAAGACUCGUCUUGGGAGGAAUACUACCACCGCGUGCUGUUUCAGGCCUGGUCCGGUGGAGAGAAACGAGCUGUUCCUGCCUGGCAGGAUGGCGUAUGUGGUCGACCUGGAUGAUGAGUUCACUGACACAGACAUCCCGACAACUUUGAUCCGAAGCAAAGCUGACUGUCCCAGCAUGGAGGCUCAGACGACUCUGACCACCAAUGAAAUCGUGAUCUCGAAGCUGACUCAGAUCCUGUCUUACCUCAGACAGGGAACCGACACAAGAAGAUCAAGAAGAAGGACAAAAGGUAAACUGGAUGAGAAGAGGGCUCCUGAGGCUGAUUUGAGCAUCUUCGAUGACAUUGGGGACUACAUCUUGUCCACCGGCUCCUCCUCCAAACCACCCAAAGACAAAGAGCGACACAGAGAGAGAGACAGGGAGAGAGACAGAGAGAGAGAAAGGGAACGAGAGGAAGAGAGCAAGGCCAGGAGACACAGCUACUUUGAGAAACCACGAGGAGAAGAACACCAGGUCAGACUCACCCGAGGUCCUGGAUCAGUCAGAGAGCAGAUCAGAGUGAUCAAUGAGAAGUUUGCAGGAGCAGCAGGCAGCCAGUGGCCUGGACAAGAACCUGGUUCUCGAAGGGACGGUAAAGAACAGCUGGGAGAUUUCUUUGGAGGAUCAAACUCUUACGCAGAGGUUUACCCUGCUACAAUGGACGACCUGGCUGUGGACUCUGACGAGGAGGUGGACUACAGUAAGAUGGAUCAGGGGAACAAGAAGGGUCCUUUGGGUCGGUGGGACUUUGAUACUCAGGAGGAGUACUCAGAUUACAUGAACAACAAGGAGGCUCUGCCAAAGGCUGCCUUCCAGAACGGCAUCAAGAUGUCUGAAGGCAGGAAGACUCGACGCUUCAAAGAGACCAAUGAGAAGGCAGAGCUGACCGACAGUGGGAAGAAGAUCAGCGCGUGAAUCAUAGAGAAGAGGAAAAAGAUGGAGGCUGAUGGGGUUGACGUGAAGAGGCCGAAAUACUGA